GCAGGCUUGAAGUGAAUAAUGCUAAGGGCAUGAACCAGAUGAUGAAUUAGCGGUUUACUGUACCCACACAUAUCAGCAGCCGUAUAAAAUGCAAGACUAAGAAGAAUGAGCACUCAGUGUUUUGCGUUUGUCAGAGUUGGGACAUUUCAGAGUUAGUCUGCUGUGUUCCUAUGGUAUUCAGUGAUAAGAGGAUACUCAACAAUCAAGCAAAUACAGGAAAGACAGCAAUGGCAGUUCUGAGGACUACACUGUGUGCUGUCCUCAUGGUGACUGUGGCGUUGUCUAAACCAGUCUAUCUGAGUGACGGCAUGGAUUCAUCCAAGUCAUCAGAGUCCAGUGAGUCAAAUUCUUCAGAGGAGACGGCCUCUCGUGUGGGGCUUUCACAGGAACCUCUGCAGCCGGCGUUCCCAGAGACAGACCUGCCUAAUGCUAUGGAGGAGACUGACCCCACGGGCGCUGCAGCCCUACUUCCCUCUAUAGACGCAGGGCCUUCUCCAGCCACCCUCGAUACUUCAGCACUGCCGGACACGGAGGACCCACAAACCUCCACUGACACAGACGCUUUACAGCUCAUGCCGGAUGAUCCUUCACAGACUGCUCUGGGCAUGGACAUUUCUCAGGACAUGCCUGAUUCUGAUCCGGCUCAGGACUCAAUCAACACUGACACGGUGCACGUCCUACCAGAUGCAGAGGUCUCACUCCACCCAGCGCUUACAGACACUGGUACAAUCAUAGGUGGUGCUGGCAUAAAUCAACCACAAGUCACCACCACCACCACCACUACAUACCAAAGAUUCCCCCAGGGUACAACUCCACCCUUUCCUCCACACGUCAUCAAGCCAACACCUCCACCAUUCUCCACAGCCCCAGCCCUGCCCGUCCCCAUCGGAACCACCAUGACCGGUGUUCCUGUUUGUUUCACUUUCCAGUUCACGACCCCUGAGCCGGAUCCACCCAGAGGAGAUAGCAUGUGAUCUGACAAGAAAGUGUUUCCACUUAAAGGUCCCAUAUCAUGCUCAUUUUCAGUUUCAUACUUGUAUUUUGUGUUUCUGCUAAAAUAUGUUUGCAU